AUGACACCUUCCUGCAAGCUCUUCCCUCAUGCACUACCAUCUCCCUCCAAUUCUAGAGCCAAGAAAAUAUGGCCUACUCAAGACUCCCCCAACAACCCUUUCCUUUCCGGUGAGGAUAAAGCCAAUGCAAGUGGCUGUGAGAGCAGUGAUGAUGGAUGGCCUGUUGGAGAAGCUCCCGGGUGUGAAAGCACACCAACUCCGGCACCAGAGUUUGAGGAAAAGCUGACAAUAACCUAUGUCUGCCAAGGCCAAAAAGUGACCUUCCAUAACCCCCAAUAUCAACUUCCCAUCAAUAUUCUUGAGGCAUAUAAACUACUGAUCAAUCAUCCAGACUUUGAAAUGGCUGAGGCAUGUCCACCCCACCAGCUCUUUUCCAAUAAACUCAAGCACAAGUUUCGUGACUUUGAUGAAGACAUUUCUUCAAUCGACUCCCUUGGUGCCAAACACACAAAGAUUGAUGCUGGCGCAUCUGAGGGCGAGAAAAGUACUAUGGACACCAGCUCCCACAAGAACAUCAUCUUCCACGCUCGGCAGGUGCACGAACACAGGGAGAGGGAUGUUGUUUGGCAGGUAAUAGGCCCUGCACAUCAUUCAUAA